AUGACAACCAGAAAUGAUCCCCGGAGAGAAGUGGGUAGUUGGGUCGAAACUAAGGCCACUGCUGUCACCUGCGAAGCCAAAUGUCGUCGUAGAUAUGGUGCCUUGUGGAAUUCAAAAAUGGUGCAAGGAGUAAUUUCAGAAGUGCUGGUGACUCCAGGCUUUCGAACCAAUCGGUCGACAACCAACAUAAAGGCACAAUAUUAUCUCGGGGGAGGAACUUUCAGGGUGAAAACAUUGAAUAUUCGAAGAGUGAAAUUAUUUGCGCCUUCUGCGCUUAAUAUCACCAAUCGCAAUUGUGAAAUAUCAAACCUUGACCAAGCAUCGCUGUCUUUGCUUCCGCGAGAGGAAGCACACUCUGAUUAUCCCGAGGAGACACAAACUCCCAUUCCGUACACUCCUAUACCCCCCAUACCUAUGGAUAUCCAUCCAGGACUAGCUCAAGUGACGGGUAACAAUAAUGGAGAUGAAAAUACUGGGUUGGACUCUGAAGAUCAACCCAUGGACCGAGAUGUAGCGCCCAAUGCGGAUACCCACGGAACAUUCUGGUAUAACAACAGCAAUGCAACUAAAUGUCAAAUGAAUGGAGAAGUCUCCUUCCGGCCGUGGGGUGUUAAAAAUACUGUUGGUGAAAUUUUUGGUCAAGGUACUGAUUCACGAAGAUCUGUUUCAUGUCUGGAUUACUUUCUAAUGAUGUUUCCAACUACAACCCUCAAUACAAUGUCAGAUGAGACAAGGAAAGUUCUUUCUUCUAUGGGUCAAAAGGAAAUCUCAAAUGGAGAGAUGCUAAAGUUCUUUGGUGUAUUAAUCCUUGCCACACGCUUCGAGUUUUUGGCAAGGGCAAGCCUUUGGUUGACAAGGAGCACCUCAAAGUAUGUGCCGGCUCCAGCUUUUGGUAGGACUGGGAUGUCUCGGGAAAGAUUUGACAAAGUGUGGCAGUGCCUUUGCUGGACCAAACGAGCUGAUCAUUUGUUUGCUGAAAUGGGGAAUGAAAGCGUUUGGUGGACUAUGGUAGAUGGCUUUGUUCAGCAAUUUAAUGCUCACCGUGAAAAUCGGUUCAGACCAUCUGAUCUUCUUUGCAUCGACGAAUCAAUAUCACGGUGGUAUGGACAGGGUGGCCAUUGGAUAAAUCAUGGACUCCCCAUGUAUGUUGCAAUUGAUAGAAAGCCGGAGAACGGGUGUGAGAUUCAUAACACUGCUUGCGGUAGCAGUGGCGUCAUGCUUCUGCUAAGGUUGGUAAAGACAGCAGCAGAAGAAGCACUUAAUGGAGAGCGUCACAGAGAAACUCUUCAUGGUACAAUGAUUCUCAAGUAUCUUGUACAGCCAUGGACAAUGUCUGACCACAUUUGCUGGGGAACUGAUGAGAGUAGGAUUGCGAUUUAUCGGUGUCAUCAAAACAAAUUGCAUCAACAAGGAGAUCAAAGUGGGCUCAUAACUAGGGACUCCAGUGGUCAGGCAUCCAUGCUCUCAUUUGUUUGGAUGGAUCGAGAGAGAAGAUACUUCAUUGCAACUGCCUCUUCACUUGAGCCCGGGAAAAAGUUUCAAAGGCAACAAUGGAGGCAGGUAGAUGAAGCUCCCAAUGCACAGCCAUCCCUGGUGCUGCUGAGUGUUCCGCAACCAAAGGCAGCUGAGAUUUACUAUACAUGCUGUCCUAUGAUUGACAGACACAAUAGACACCGGCAGGACACUCUAAUGCUGGAGCGAAAGCUGGGUACACAUGACUGGUCCAUGCGAGUCAACAUGACUAUUUUCGGAAUGAUUGUGGUUGACUCUUGGCUAGUUUAUCACCAAUCCACCAAUACUAAGACAACUCAGAAGGAAUUUUAUGCUACACUUGCAGAUGAGUUGAUUGACAACAACUACGACAACAUGGGUGGAUUGGCAUCAAUCCGACGGCGUCUGGAUGUGAUAGAUGAUGUAUAG